CGUCCUUUUGAAACUGAUCAUUAUUUUCUUUAAACCUUAACCUCAAGAGUUAUCAAUUAUUUUCUUCAAAGAAACUACUUGGUUUUUGGUUAAUUUGAAAAGUAGAUAAAUGGAUCCAGAAGUAUCCAAUGAUCCUACUUCACCCAAAAGAAAUAAAUGUAUGGUGUUUGUUCGACAAAAUCUUUUGACGCUGUUGACGUUUUUGUCUGUGGUUCUGGGUAUCAGUUUCGGAUUUGGUCUUCGCAAAGGGACAACGUGGACCAAAAGAGAUGUGAUGUAUGUAAAUUUUCCUGGUGAGCUGUUCCUCUGUAUUUUACGAUGCCUUACUCUUCCUCUCAUUAUGUCCAGUCUGAUGUCUGCGGUGGGAAGUCUUGAUACUAGACUUUCUGGAAAGAUUGGAGUUAGAGCCAUUUUAUACUACUUGGCCACUACCGUUUUGGCAAUCAUUAUGGGCAUUGUUCUGGUUGUUUCCAUUAAGCCGGGUGCUGGGAACCAUCAAGACAUGGUGUCAAAUGAGAAAGUCACACAGGAAUCUAUGACAGAAGACACUUUGAUGGAUCUUGUCAGAAACAUGUUUCCGCCAAAUAUAAUUCAAGCAACUAUGGAACAGUACAAGACUGUAAUUAUUCCACCAGAGUCAGAAAGAGUUAACACCUCCGGAGACAACAUCAGCGAAACACCUAAAAACGAAUGGGAAAUCAGCGGUGAAUUUAUUGCAUCAACCAACAUUCUUGGGCUGGUGAUGUUUUCAAUAGUUUUAGGCGUCACUCUGGCUAAGAUGGAUAGUAAAGGAAAGCCUUUGUUGGACAUGAUUACCAGCCUUAGUGAAGCUAUGAUGUUAAUCACCUCCAGGGUCGUGUGGCUUACUCCCAUUGGUGUACUGUUUUUAAUUGCUGCCAAACUAAUAGAAAUGGACGACUUGUCAGUUGUUUUUGGCCAGCUUGGUUUGUUUACAGCCACAAUAAUGACAGGAUUUUUUAUCCACGGUGUCCUAAUCUUGCCAGCAAUCUAUUCAAUUAUCACCAAGACAUGGCCUUUUACCUUCAUUUAUAACAUGAGCCAAGCUUUGAUGACAGCUUUUGGAACUGCUUCAAG